AGUAAAAUGGCCUUCCGUCAUUUAAUUGAGUUCACAUAUACGGCAAAAUUAAUGAUUCAAGGAGAGGAAGAAGCCAAUGAUGUAUGGAAAGCAGCAGAGUUUCUACAAAUGCUAGAAGCUAUCAAAGCCCUUGAAGUCAGUGACUCGUCUUCAUCAACAGUGUAAACUCAAUUUGCAGGAAGACUUACUAGUCAGUGCCUCAUCACAGGAGUUUGUCUCAGAGAAAUCUCCCCAGGAGCAUCAUAGCACCCUUAUGGCAGCCAGGACACAUUGCAGAAAAACAAAAAACAAAACAAAAACCCUGAGACGUUUUACAGUGCUCUCCAAAUGCAUCUAAGGUGGACAUGACACACUGCGGGAGAGGCUGAGCCCUGUGAUGGCCCAGAAAACCUUAUCUUUUUUGGCAUCCUGCCCUUGUUGCCAAAACCUGUUUUCCCUUCUCCCCCAAAGGGGUGACAGAAUGGCCCAGAUGAAUGCUGUGCAUCUAUUUGGUUUACAUCAUAGCUGAAGAAUCUCCAGCUUAAGACGCCCACAUCUUAGAUUGCUGGCUCUACCGCAUACAGCCUUGAAGAGAGUCCAGAAGAAAAGCUGUCAGUUCAGAAGAUGUGCAGAAACAUGAGACUCAUGGAUAAUUGUCUCCCAAUAGUUGUCUUCUCCUAUUGAGUAUAUUGGAUUGAACAAAGAAAACUCAGCUCCACUAGAGGAAAAUACCACAGGAAAAAGUGAGGCAAAAAAAAGAAAGAUUGCAGAAACUUCAAAUGUUAUCACUGAGUCAUUGCCAUCUGCAGAAUCAGAACCUGUUGAAAUUGAGGUAGAGAUUGCCGAAGGCACAAUUGAAGUGGAAGAUGAAGGCAUCGAAACGUUGGAGGAAGUGGCUUCUGCCAAGCAGUCCAUAAAGUACAUUCAGAGCACAGGUUCCUCUGAUGAUUCCGCCCUGGCACUAUUGGCAGAUAUUACCAGCAAAUACCGUCAAGGUGAUAGAAAAGGGCAGAUUAAAGAAGAAGAUGGUUGUGCAUCUGACCCCACAAGCAAACAGGAACACAUGAAAUCACACUCCACUGAGAGUUUCAAGUGUGAAAUAUGCAAUAAAAGGUAUCUUCGGGAGAGCGCAUGGAAACAGCACCUCAACUGUUACCACCUUGAAGAAGGUGGAGUCAGUAAGAAGCAAAGAACUGGGAAAAAAAUUCAUAUAUGUCAAUACUGUGAGAAACAGUUUGACCACUUUGGACAUUUUAAAGAGCAUCUUCGGAAACAUACAGGUGAAAAACCUUUUGAAUGUCCAAAUUGUCAUGAACGAUUUGCUAGAAAUAGCACCCUCAAAUGUCACCUGACUGCGUGCCAAACUGGAGUAGGGGCAAAAAAGGGAAGAAAGAAGCUUUAUGAAUGUCAGGUCUGUAACAGUGUGUUUAACAGCUGGGACCAGUUCAAAGAUCAUUUGGUAAUACAUACUGGAGAUAAGCCCAACCAUUGUACUUUAUGUGACUUGUGGUUUAUGCAAGGAAAUGAAUUAAGGAGGCAUCUCAGUGAUACUCAUAAUAUUUCAGAGCGUCUAAUAACUGAAGAAGUUCUUUCAGUAGAAACACGUGUGCAAACUGAACCUGUGACGUCAAUGACGAUUAUAGAACAAGUUGGGAAGGUGCAUGUGUUACCAUUGCUCCAGGUUCAGGUGGAUUCCGCACAAGUGACUGUGGAACAGGUCCAUCCAGAUCUGCUCCAGGACAGCCAAGUUCAUGAUUCACAUCUGAGUGAGCUUCCAGAGCAGGUCCAGGUGAGUUACCUAGAAGUGGGUCGAAUUCAGACUGAAGAGGGUACUGAAGUACAUGUGGAGGAGCUGCAUGUCGAACGGGUAAAUCAGAUGCCAGUGGAAGUACAGACUGAACUGCUAGAAGCCGACUUGGAACAAGUGACCCCUGAAAUCAUGAACCAGGAGGAAAGAGAGCCCACCCAUGCAGAUGCCGCCGGAGCUGCCGGGGACGAUCACGAAGAUGCUGAGGGUUUAGAGACCAAAUCAACAGUGGAUUCCCAAGCCGAAAGGGCAGGGAAUGAAAACAGAACACCUAUGCCUGUUUUAGAAUGAAAUAACAAAUGAAUAUAUUUUUAAAUUUAUGUGUUCAGUUUUUGAACUGAUGAUGGGCAGUGUGACUGUCCUUAAGCUAACAGACAAGUGGACCAAAGUUAAAGUCUUCUCCUGUUGUGCUGAACUGUUUCUAUUGAAACAAACUGAUUCCCCCUCUUAAUGCCACAGAGGAGGGAUCUUUCCCAUACGUGAAUGGGAAGCUUUGAGAAGUAUUAUUUCUGCAAACUUAAAUGGAUUAUAUUCUUAUUAUAUAGUUGGGUACGAAUGUAUCUAUUUUCUUUGUGAUAAGGGUUCUCCCUUCUCUUUCCCAGGUCACGUCCUUUCUCAGAUUUUUUCCAUGUUGUAAAAUCAAACGUAAAACCAUUAGAAUACAAGUUUAUGUAUUCUAAUGCAUGUUAGAAAAUUGAAUAUAUAGGAACACAAGGCUGCAUGAAGAAAAGUACAUUGUUACUGUGCAGUUAAAUUUUGGCUUCCGGCUUUCUUUAGUUUGAACAACCUUCUUGUCUAUACUGAUAGUCACAGAUGUCAUCUCUGCAACAGAAACAGUGGUGGUGGCAAAAUUUCUAGAAGGAAAAACAAAAUAAAACAAAAAAACCACACCCAUGUGCCUUUUCAAAACCAACUAAACUUCUAUAAAGCGUCUCUGGUUCUUUCAAAGUUUGUGUUGUAAGGAGCAAUGUAGGUGAUGCUGUAGUACUUUUAUGUUUUUGCUUAUAAUGGCAACUACCAAUUCUUUUUCUUGGUAACUUAGGUUGAGAAAUUUCAUUUAAUGGCAACUGAAGGGCCAUCUCCAAUUGGGAAAAUUCAUUUAUAUUUGUGGUAAACUUUUUUUGAUGAAAAGUUGCACUAGUAUUUUACCACCAGAUGAAAAAAAAGAUGAGCAUCAUUUAAAAAUUAAUGUAUUAAAAUAAAGUACAGAGAAAAACAUGUAUAUAAUAUAUCAGGCUUUGUUUUGAAUGAAUCUUUUCCCCCGAUCCUUAAUGUAAAGAUCUUGUGCUAUAACUUUUAAAGCCAUACAAAUAAGAGUGCUAAACUGUGGACUUAUAAGUAGGUGUGUAAAUAUUUUUAAUCAGUAUUACUUGGAAAAUAAAAUAUAACAGCCACAUAAAGUAAACCAAUAUGCUAUUUUCUUUACCUGUUAAAUAUUGGGAGAUAUUUACAUUUUUAAAGUAAAGUUUAAAAUUAUGUG